AUGGAGCCUUUUCACAGGCUGAAGCCGGCUGACAUCAAAGUAAUCGGAGCCCUGGGUGACUCUCUCACGGCAGGUAAUGGGGCCGGAUCCAAGCCUGGGGACAUCUUGGAUGUCUUGACUCAGUACCGAGGCCUGUCCUGGAGUGGCGGAGGCGAUCACAACCUCAGCAGCGUCACCACCCUCCCAAACAUCCUCCGGGAAUUCAACCCUUCCCUGAGGGGCUUCUCUGUUGGCACCGGGAAAGAAAACAGUCCUGGAGCCUUCCUAAAUCAGGCUGUAGCAGGAGACCGAGCCGAGGAUUUACCUGUUCAGGCCAGGAGGCUGGUGGACCUGAUGAAGAAUGAUACGAAGAUAAAUUUUCAGGAAGAUUGGAAGAUAAUAACCCUGUUCAUAGGAGGCAAUGAUCUCUGUGAUUUCUGCAGUGACCCGGUCCGCUACUCUCCCCAGAACUUCACAGACAACAUCGGGAAGGCUCUGGACAUCCUCCAUGCUGAGGUUCCUCGGGCAUUUGUGAACCUGGUAAAAGUUCUGGAGAUCAUCAACCUGAGGGAGCUGUACCAGGAGAAGGAAGUCAGCUGCCCAAGGCUGAUCCUCAGAAACCUCUGCCCCUGUGUCCUGAAGCCUGAUGAUAACUCAACAGAACUUGCCUCCCUCAUCGAAGUGAAUAAGCAGUAUCAGGUGCCCAGAGCCCUGGUCAACCUCGUGGACUUCCUGAGCCCCAGCGUCCUGCGGCAGGUGUUUCUGGGCAACCCGGACAGGUGCCCUGUGCAGCAGGCCAGCGUGUUAUGUAACUGCGUUCUGACCCCUCGGGAGAGCUCCCAAGAGCUGGCCAGGUUGGAGGCCAUCACCCAAGCCUACCAGAGCAGCAUGCGGGAACUGGUGGGGUCAGGCCGCUAUGACACCCGGGAGGACUUCUCUGUGGUACUUCAGCCCUUCUUCCACAAGGUCCGGCUCCCCCUCCUGGCGGAUGGGCGCCUGGAUAUGUCCUUCUUCGCUCCAGACUGUCUCCACCCAAGUCAGAAAUUCCACUCCCAGCUCUCCAGAGCCCUUUGGGUCAAUAUGCUUGAACCACUAGGAAGGAAAACGGAGACCCUGGACCUGGCAGCAAAUAUAGCCCUCUUCUGCCCCACUCAGAAUGAGCCCUUCCUGAGGACGCCCCGGAACAGUAACUAUACCUACCCCACCAAGCCGGACAUUGAGAACUGGGGCAGUGACUUCCUGUGUACAGAGUGGAAUCCUUCCAACGGGGUCCCCACCUCAGUCCAUGAGCUCCGGCCAGGAGACAUCAAAGUGGUGGCGGCCAUGGGUGACUCGCUGACCACAGCACUGGGAGCCCAACCAAGCAACUCCAGCAACCUACCCACGUCCUGGAGGGGACUCUCUUGGAGCAUCGGAGGGGAUGGCAUCUUGGACACCCACACCACACUGCCCAACAUUCUGAAGAAGUUCAACCCUCACAUCCUCGGGUUCUCCACCGGUACCCAGGAGGAGACAGCAGGGCUGAAUGUAGCCGUGGAAGGAGCCAGAGCGUGGGACAUGCCGACCCAGGCCCGGGACCUGGUGGAGCGAAUGAAAAACCACCCCGAAAUCAACCUAGAGAGUGACUGGAAGCUGAUCACGCUCUUCAUUGGGAGCAACGACAUAUGUCAUUACUGUGAGAAUCCGGAGGCCCCCUCAGCUGGAGAGUACAUUCAGCAUAUCCAACAGGCCCUGGACAUCUUCUAUGAGGAGCUUCCAAGGGCUUUCAUCAACGUGGUGGGGGUCAUGGAGUUGGCUGGCCUACACCAGGGCCAAGGUGGGAAAUGUGACCCGCCCCUGGCUGCUCAGAGCAACUGUACCUGCCUCAGACGUUCCCAGGAGAAUCCCCUGGAGCUGCAGGAACUGAAGCAAGUGAACUGGAACUUCCAGAGCGGCAUCUCCAGGUUGUCCUACAAGCCCCAGUAUCUGCAGCGUGAGGACUUCGCCGUGGUUGUGCAGCCUUUCUUCCAAAACACUCUCGUCCCCCUGAACAGCAGAGGAAGCGUUGACCUCACCUUCUUCUCCGAGGACUGUUUCCACUUCUCAGAACGUGGUCAUGCCGAGAUGGCCAUCGCGCUCUGGAACAACAUGGUGAGUGCCUAA